AAACAAUGUGAAAACCAAAGUGAAAACAACCACAAAAACAAACUGUGUGUUGAGUGUAAAAUUUUUGGAUUGGAAAUUAAUUUCGUAUAGGUAGAACGGUAGAAGUUAUUACGUGCUCUGUGGGCAAAAUGGACCCUUGCUUUCAAGAUAUAACUGUGGAAUUCCUAGCGGUUGCAUUUCAUAGCAUACUUUAUUACACUUCAGUGUACCCACAAAGCGUUUUUGAAACUAGAAAAAAGUACAAUGUGGUUGUUUACAGUUGCAUUCAUCCUGAAAUAAGGCAAUAUAUUGAUUUGUGUUUAAAAAGCAUCCGGGAAUGUCUAAAGAAUGGUCAACUAAGUCGAGUGGUAUUUGCAAUCACCGACGCUGACUACGCGGCUGUUAUGAAGUUCGUAUUUGAUGUGCACAGAACUGAAGACUAUGACGAGACAUCAGACGCGUAUUUAAUCCAAGCCGAGCAGAAUUUACGAGCUUUUUGCCUCUGUUUAGCCAAAUGUGAUACAUACAAAACUUUACCGGAAGAUGCUAGUUUUACUAUUCAUAUCCACACAAAUGAAGCUAUGGCGGUUUCCAUGGCACUCGAUCCAGUAUUUGAAGAUUUUCCUUUGGUGGAAGUAAAUGGGAAGAGGAAAGACAUGGACAAUAUCAUCCCACUUAGGAGUUUUCCAAUAAGAAACUAUAGGUUAGAAAGUUAUGUGGAAAUAUGAAACACCAGUGUAUUAAAACUGGGCAGGAUAUGCAUAAUGUGUUGCAUAUUCUGGGGCCACCUUAUCAGAAGAUGAGGCAUAGGUACCCUAAAAAAUAACUUUCGAGCUCCGUCACAUGUCUGGCAUUAUGGGAAAUUGGGCAAAGCCUUCAACUACCUGUCUCUGCCGGUGCCUGUUAGGCCAUACCUGCAGCCUCCUCAACCACAGUAGAUUUACAUUAAAUAUAGCUUUUAUAUAGAAUACUGUGAUAUUUACUAAGAAUUAUUUAAUAAAUUAUGCCAUU